AUGAAAUUCACAGAAGUCGCACGUCCAGUUUUAUGGAGGGCAGUAGAAGAUGUUGAAAUGCAUAUAUUCCAACUAUGCUUGUUUUUAGGAAAUAUAGCGCUUUUAAUGGAUGUAGGAGACCAGAUACAUUUGAUGACCUUCAAUAACCCAAGUUUAUUUAAAUAUAAUGAAGUCACCUCAAGAAAUAUCUUCAUCUCGUGUAAAUUAUUCUCGAGUAAUGUGAUUACAUCCCUUAAAAAAUGUUCGCAACCACUCUAUGAUCAUGGUUUUCAUCAGUUGACCGGUAAUAAAUUUGGUCAGAUUUAUGAAAACCUCCUUUGUGUUACAGGAUACAGCCUACAAGUAGAUGACCUUAAUUUUACUAGCAAAACCUCGAAGAAUGAUUUCUAUGGGUUUUUCUUUCUUUCAGAAAAUAAAUUGAAGGGUUAUGUAAAUAUUUCAUCUUCAGAAAUAUAUCCAUCAGGUUUUACUAUUUUCAUCGAAUCCAUAAAUCAAGAAUUAGGACAAAACGAUAAUAAUUCAGUUCAUUCUACCACUAUGUGCCAUUUAUUCGGUGCCACAUACAACUCCACUAUUUUCCCUUUAAAUGUUACGAUCUUCGAAAACGAUACUGGAGCAUCAAAUGUUCAAAGAUGGGAUCGAAUUUCACCAAGUAGAAAUAAUUCAACAUUUCAUUCUUUCAAUUAUUAUAUUAAUUCAACAUCAUCUACCAAUGUUCAAUUAUUUGAUUCACAUUAUCGUAACAACAAUAUAGCUAGAAGAGUGAAACGCUCCUCUAUAUCAAUGACAAAUACCUCAAUUUUGGAUACAUUACAUGUUUUCCAUCGUCCCGGUGAAUCACAGCCAUAUGUGGUGGAGUUGUUUAUGGUUGUGGAUGAAAUUAUGGUUGCAGAAUUUCGUGGACAAUAUCAUCAAUUGAUUUCUCGUAUUAAUAUGAUUAUCGCACUUGUAAAUAAGUUGUUUGCUCCAUUCAACAUUGUAACAGUUAUUGUUCGUUUAGAAAUUUGGGAACAGGAUCGUGUUAGUUUAAAAGUUGAAGAACAUCAUCUGCUCACUGCAUUAGCUCAGUUUAAACGAAUGUAUGCUAAUGUGCGUCAUGAUUGCUUGCAUGCUCUAUUAGGUACAAAAGAACAAGGCUCACGAACACGUGGAAAAGCUAAUCACAUGACCAUGUGUAUUUAUUCGCGUUGUGUUGGUUACAGUAGAGUAUCACCAACACUUGAUAUUAUUGAAACAGCUCGCACUAUCGCACAUGAACUUGGACAUAAUUUCGGUUUAAGACAUGAUACUGAAGAAUGUGAAUGUCAAGGUUGUAUAAUGGCUACUGGUGUAGAAUUUGGCACAACAGUUAUGAAAUGGUCACCAUGUUCUAUAAGAGAUUUACCAGGUCUAUUAAACUAUGGAAUGGGUGUUUGUUUACAUGAUUUGCCUGCUAGUGGGAGUGUAACAAUUAAUUCUUUCGUACCAAACUCUAAAACAUCUACACAUAGAAAGAAUAACAAUAAUGAUAAUAAUAAUAUAAGUAUUCCAAGUGUUGUACAUAUUUAUGAUUGGCAAAGUGAAGCGAAACGAAUUCCAGUUAGUCGUGUAUUAACUAUAAGACAACGUCAUUCUGCCUCAUCUGUUGAGAAAUAUGCAAAUGGAUUAUGUGGAAAUGGGGUGUUGGAUCCUGGUGAAGAAUGUGAUUGUGGUACACAAACUUCAUGUCCAGAAAAGUGGCAAGCCUGUUGUGACCCAGUACGUUGUCGAUUACGUGGUAAUUCUCAGUGCGCUGGUGGUCCAUGUUGUGAUAUUAUUAAAAAUGAUUCCCUGGAAAAUGUAAAUCAAUCAGCAUCUUUUUAUUGUAAAUUGAAACCUUCUGGAACUAUCUGUCGUAAUGAAUCUGGUACUUGUGAUUUACCGGAAUAUUGUGAUGGUCGUAGUCAAUGGUGCCCAGCCGAUGUAUACAAAAUCGACGGUGAAUUAUGCUAUACCGAUGAAGGUCGUCGUGCUCAUUGUAUUCGUGGUGGUUGUCGUGAAGCAGAUGGUUGGUGUCGUGUAUUAUGGGGUAAAACUGCCAGACUUGCUGAUAAAUAUUGCUUUUAUGAAAAUGAAGUAAAGAGUAGAAAAUCUAAUGUCGAUUCUGUAGCAAAUUGUGGCGUACACCGACCAUUAUCUAAAAAUCGAUGGGAAGAUGUAAAAACGUGGACAGGAAUAGCUUGUGAAACAUGGCAUGAUACGUCCUGUGGACGAUUAUGGUGUCAUCAUCAAAAUGAAAAAGCUAUGCUUCUUGGUUGGAUUCAGUCACAAACACGUGUUAUUCACUCAUCUGGUCGAUCAUGUUCUGCACUAGUUUAUGAUCCAGUUUGGCCAGCUUCGGAUCCUGCCACUUGGGACGAGAACAAAUUAGUUCAAAUUAAUGCAAAUGGUGCAGGUGUUGGACUUUAUUCAGCAAAUACACAAGAUGCUGGGAUGGUUCCUGAUGGGACACCUUGUUCUCGAGGCGUAAGUUUAAUAACGUUAUAA